AACAAACAUUGACAAGGCCGGGGGAGAGGUCAAAAAUCAAGAAAUUAGUGUAACGUGUUACCCCUAGCUAAGUAUAAAAAGAUUUAGUUGAAAUAACAAUAAUCACUAACCAGCAAAAAUCGUACGGGACACAAUAGCGUUAAACUCCAUAAGUACUGCGUACAAAGUGAUAGGUAUCUGUCGAAUAGCAUAAUAAAUUUCGUUUGUGUCUGAUAUCCACACCACACGGUUAUCUUUUAAUAUAUAUUAUCGGAAAUGAUGUAAGUGCUCCUGCCCAUUCCUUUUUUACUGGUUUACAUAUCGGAAAACAUUAUAAUACACUGCCCAAAAAAUGGCCCUCGAAGAUUAAUUGCUUAUUGUCAAAAAAUGAGCCUAAUAUUUCUGAUAUACAAUUUUUGUUAUUUACCCCGGACAAUAAGAAUCAGCCUGAACUAGUAACUUACGAAAAUUUGUAUAAGUGCCAAUUUUUUAAUCCUGCGAGGACAACCAAAAUAAUUAUUCAUGGAUAUUCACAGUCUUGCACAUGUGAAAAAAUUGUGGGAAUGAAAAAUGCUUAUUUAAAAAAGGGGCCCUACAAUAUUAUAUUGUUGAAUUGGAAAAGUCUUGCUGCUUCUCCAUGUUAUUUAAACGCUUUAAACUACACUAUUUACAUAGGUCACUUAUUGGGGACGUUUUUGCAACAUUUCUUAUUAGACAGGGUGCAUUUAAUAGGAUUCAGUUUAGGAGCUCAUAUUGCAGGAAUAGCUGGACAAUUGUAUGAAGGACAAAUACUGAGAAUUACUGGUUUAGAUCCAGCUAACCCUUGGCCACUAGUAAAAGCUCAUAAUUACCCGCAAUCUGAAAAACUGGAUAAAGGAGACGCCCUUAAUGUGGAUAUAAUUCAUACAUCACAUUUGGGCUACGUCACCCCUCAAGGGGAUGCAGACUUUUAUGUCAACAGACUAAAGAGGCAACCUGGAUGUUCACAUGCCAAUAUGAGAUGUUAUCACAAAAGAAGCUUAGAUUAUUUCGCUGAGUCUAUUUUAUCUUAUGAAAAAUUCAAAACAAUGGAAUGCGAAUCUUUUGGAGAAUAUAGAAAAGGAAAUUGUACAAAUGAAACUGAUGUUUAUAUGGGCGAGUCGUGGCCACAAAGUGGUGGAAAACGUGGCAUUUUCUGUAUUAAUUUGAACGAAACAGCUGUCGAUUCUUAUUUGGAAGAAGAAGUCGAAUGUGAAUUUUAAAUUAUCUAUAAAACAGUAUGUACAGUUAAUAGUUGGUCAUAUAAAUAUAUGAAAAAAUUU